GGGUGAUGCUACGGCGCCGGGAAGGGGCCGGCAGGGCGGCGGGGAGCGGCCCGCCCGCUCGGGCUCGCCGCGGCUGAGGGGAGCGCCGCUCCUUGCUUCCCGCCAUUCUCUCGCCGGGCGCGGGGCUGCGCGCGGGCCGAGGCGCGCGGGGAGAAGGCGGCGCGGGGCAGGCUGCCGACGUCCGAGGGAAGGCGGAGCGCUCUUCUCCGAGGCGAGGGGAGGAAGCGGGACCCCCGGCGUUUCAUGUUCCGCCGGCCCGACGGCAUUUUGGCGUUGAUUCCGACCCGCUCCCGCCCGCACCCGGACGGCGACGGCGAGGAGGAGCGGCGCCGUCCCGCCAUGUCCCGGUACGGCCUCCGCAACCUGCUGGACUGGUUGUACGGCGGGGUGGACCCCAGCUUCGCCGGCAACGGAGGGCCGGAGUGCGCGGCCUUCCUGUCCGGGCGGCAGCGCUUGGUGGAGAGCCUGGUGUUCCUCAGCCUGGGCGCCGCCGAGAUCCUGCUGGCGCUCUGCAAGCUGCGGCGGCUGCACCGCGCGGAGCUGGAGGGACACCUGCUGCAGCUGCACCGCGCCAAGCGGGAGAGCCUGGGCAAGAACCUGCUGCUCGUGGCGCUGUGCCUCGUCUUCGGGCUGGAGGUGGGCUUCAAGUUCGCCACCAGGACGCUCAUCUACCUGCUGAACCCCUGCCACGUGGUCACCGCCAUGCAGAUUUUUCUUCUUGCUUGUCCUCCAUGUCGGGCUGCAAUGAUUCUCUUCAGGUUGCAGAUGCAUAUGCUGAAUGGGGCUCUCCUGGCAUUGCUGUUUCCUGUUGUGAAUACACGCCUGCUUCCAUUUGAAAUGGAAAUUUAUUACAUCCAGCAUGUGAUGCUCUAUGUUGUGCCCAUCUAUCUGCUGAGAAAAGGAGGGAUCUACACUCCAGAACCACUCUCCAAUUUCUGGUGGGCUCUUUUAUCUACUGGGUUUAUGUUUGUAUAUCACUUUAGCAUCUUGCAAAUUCUGGGACUGGUUACAGAAGUGAAUUUGAACAACAUGUUAUGCCCAGCCAUUUCAGAUCCUUUUUAUGGGCGCUGGUAUCGAAUUUGGGCAUCUGGACAUCAGACUAUCAUGACUAUGACUCAUGGGAAGCUUGUGAUCUUACUGUUUUACUGUGCUGACCCCAUCUUUAAAUGUAGUGUGGACUUGCUUAGAUUUCCAGCUAAGAAAAUAGACUGAAAUGUCUCCCCACGGAGCAGUACGUACAGGAAGCAGAGACACCUAUAUUCAUACUGGAAAACCAAGAGGAGGGAUGAGAAGACAAUGUUUUUAUUAUUUUUCUCCCCGCAGUUUAUGGCCUCACAGACACUUCUAUUAUCAAUUGAGGGUUUUUCUUUCAACUGCUGUUUUUCACUGCCUACUGCCAAUGGCAACAUUAGUGGCCUUAUUCUGGAAGAGGUUCCUGUUUUAUACAUUUUGUGUAGAUUACAGUAAAAUCUUGCUAAUCUACCCUUUACAAUUAGGUGAGGAUCUAUCUACAUUCCAGCAAAAAGAGUGGCAGAGCUACCUCAUUUUGACUUAUUUUCCACUAAGUAGAAUUUUUCCAUUAAUACAGUUUAUAUUGCAGGAUAGGAAAUAAAGCUGAAUUCCAAUUCUCUACUCAUGUGAACAGAACACAUCUUGAAAUGCAUCAUCAUGGCUUAACUCUUAGUACUUAAAUGUUGCAAAAUGGUCAUGGUGGAGCAACGUAACACUUAAUCUCCAAGUCAUAAGUGCAAAGCAGUGAAGUUUUACUGUAUUUUCUUUAAGCUGGUUGAAAAUAUUGGGGAACAAUAACUCUUUUAAAUACCUUAUUGUUUUUUUUAAACCGAAUACUUUGGUUUCUGGCCUGCUAAGGAUAAACGUCUGUCUGGUGAGGUCCCAUCAGAUCUUGAUGCUUUGGAGAUAAUUUAGAGUGAGUAGAAAACACCACACAGAAAUUAUAAAAAAGCCCAUGUUAUGUGUAAGCUAUGAUAGGUAUUUAAUCAACAGUACUGACCUGCCUUUAAACAAAAUGCUUCUGUCACUUAGCUUAGACUGGAGACUGAGUAGAGUUGCAAUGUACAUUGUAAACAUUUCUCUUUUUUCACUUAGUAGCAUUUUAAACAUUCCUCCUCUGCAUUCUACCCUGAUCCUUAGUAGAGCUGUUGGUGAGGAAACAAAAUGAAACUAUUUCCUGUCUCCAAAGCUCUAAUACAUUCUUCAUACUGAUUUUUAAAACACAAGUAUAAAAAGGAAUGUGAAAUCAGCACAGGCUUCUACUGAAAAGGCGAUGUUCCAGUUUACUAGUAUGGCUAGAUCUUCUCAUCAGCGUGAGUUUUGGAGUAGAAAAGGAUGUAAGUAAAGAGAAUUAUAAAUAGUAAAUUGGCUAAGGGAAGAAACUGUAGGGAAAAGCUCGGACAUCUUUACUGUGUUCUUCCAGAUAGUUAACUGUAGAUCUGUUGUUGCGCAGCCUGCUGUAUUUCAGGGUUGCAGGAAUUGUGUUGUACAAAGUGCUAGUUGCCACUUGCAUUGCAUUGUCAUAGCUGUGACUUGUAAGAUAAAAACAAAGCCGUCAUACCUCCUCUCGAUGGAUCACCUGAAGAUAUAUUCUGAUGUUAAGGUACAGUGCUUAUACCUCAAGAAGAGAAGUAAGAAUGAUAAGUGGUUGACUUUUUUUUUCCUGCAAGAUAAGAAAACAGUUGGGGAGGGAACAAAUGACUUCUCUAAAUGUUUUCACAUGUCUGCAUGGUUUUUUUUGUUUUGUUUUGUUUUUAAGUAAUCUCCCACUAGAAGUCCUUUCUGCUACAUUCAAACUUACAGACUAGCUUCUGGCUUUCUUUCAUGUCUAGAAAGUAAACAUCCUGUACUGUUUACUAUAAAUUGAGAUGUAAGAUUGACCUCAACUAUGAAGCAUGUAUAGCUAGUCCCAGUUGCACAGACUGAACUACUACAUUGUUCAGUUUGAGAAAGGUAAGCACUUGAUAGUAACAAUUGCUGUCUCAUAGUGUUGACUGUGAAUUGCUGAUCCUGCGAAUGUCUUAGUACAUAAUUAAUUUUAUUGAGCCAUCUCACUACUGCUUCAGUAAAGCAGGGCAUGUGCUGUGUAUUUGUGGAGGGGUGAGCUAAAGAAAACAUGCAUUAGUAUUAAAGGCCUGAACCCAUAUGUGAAAGACUACUUAAUUAGCUGCUGAUGUGAUGCUCAGUUCAAGAGUCAGUAUUUCAUUUGCAGCUGACGAAAUACAUGAUGUUGCUGAGAGAUGCUGAGGUGAACAGAAAUAUUCAUGCCUAUUUGGCUCCUAUGAACAGCUAUGUGUACAGUGGUUCUUUCCUUCCCGCAGUUACUGUCAAGGCUAUCUUGAUUUGUUUUUAUUUACUUAAGUCUUGGCAAAAUGCUUUCUGUUGAAUCUAGUCUGAUUUAGAAGCAACAUCAUUACAGUAGGAUGAUCUUGCCAAAUUUUGCAAACAUCAGAUUAUUAUUUACCUAAUUUUAUUAUUUUUUGAAUAAUCUUUCCUGCUUUGAAAAAAACAAACAGCAUGUCCUAUGUCUAAUCAUAUGCUUCGGAGCAUGGGAAACAAGUUUGAAACAGCUCCUAUUUAUCACCAUUGACUGCCUCUGGUCAAUUAAGACUACAGAAGCAAGAAUCAUUUAAGUAAGCUCAGUGCAGUCUCUCUUAAAUUGCAAAAUUUUCAAGUUCUUCUGACUUAUAGUUGAGGGAAGUUCUUAUUUCCUUUCACGCGUCCCCAGUUUGGGUUUUGGUGCAUGUUGAACUUUUGGCUUAAGAUGCUAAGAUGUCUAAUUGAAUGUAAUAAUUCAGCAAGGAGAAGUAAACUGGCUAUUACACUCAAUAAGGAUUUUAUGAGCAUCUGGAUUUCAUGACUGUCAGGAGAGUGGAGCCACUGGGAUCUAAAGGGAAGAAGGGCAGCAGAGUCUUAAACUCUUCUUCAUGGUAAGCUGUGCUGGCUGCUUUUGCUUGUUGUACACCAUCAAUGAAGCUAGCUGAGCUUUUAUCCACAGGAUCACAGAAUGUCAGUGAUUGAAACUGACCUCAGAAGAUCAUCUACUCCAAUCCUCCUGCUGGAGCAGGACCACCUAGAUUAGGUCACAGUUCUCCACAACACAUUCUGAAAACCAUUUUUAAACAGUCUUUCAGCUUGGUUUAUGGUGUAGCUGUACAGAAAGUUGUCAGCACACUUGAGACACAAGCUUCACAUACGGGGAAGAAUAGGGCUGAAGGGAAGCAAAAAAGGAAUGAACUUCUGAAACAUCAAUGGAAAUUCACAUACUUUACUCUUCAGUUGUUUUGAAUAGCUGUUUGGAAGAUGCAGAUGACAGAGCUUUUUCAAUGUGAAGGAAAUUGGUUUGAAAAGUAAAAUAGAAUACUUAGCCUUCAUACGGGAAUAUCUGUUCCCUGGCAGAUUUUCUUUUCCACAAAUGGUUUAUUAUAUGAGCAGUGAUUCCGUUUAGAUGAAUUCCUGGUAAUUUUUUUCUUAUUUAUGCUGGAAAUUAAAGAGUAAAACUAUGUUGCUAUUCAUAAAAGCUGAUGGGCAUUCUCUCCUGUGGCACUAUGGACGCCAUCGAUGUCACAGCUUUAAGCUGUUGACCAGAGCCUGGUGAUGUUUUACGUUGAAGCAGUGCGAUGUAUGAUUGAAAGGGUAAGUCCUGGCUCUCCAAUAUCAGUACAUCUUUUUUCUCAGUACUAAGAGUUAUGAAGAUACUAGGAGUAGAUACAGUACAGAGCAGGAGGCUGAUACAGCCAUGCAGACUAUUUCCUUUUAGGGCAGCUUGUAUUUGAGAGGUGUUCCAGCAGGUUAUAGAAACUCAUACAUUACAAUACCAGAAAAAGUUACUGUGCGGUGCUUAGGUCUGGACUUUAGAAAAAAUAUGGAUGCAGGCAGAUGUUUGAUCAGAUCUCUAUAUUAUACUCUUUAGUACCAUAGACACUUCAGACAAAAGAAAUGAGGAGCAAUGAAACUGAUUUCUCUUUCUGUCACUGAAUGACUCUAAAUUACUUCCAGGUAUACACAUAAAUGAAGCUCUGGUAACUACAGUGAAGUUGUCUGCGUUGGUUUGUUUAUGCAGACUUCUUUAAGUAGCCUUUCAAAGUGCAAAAAUGAGCUGCUAAAACUUCUGCACCCACCAUAAGAUCUGGUGAUAGCCUGUGAAUAUUGAAAUUAUUGUGCCAAGAUUCUAUCUGUCCAGUACACAUGCAGCGAUAACUUUUCAGGCACUGUAGGCAGUGUAUGAACUGUAUCUGUUUAACUUCCUUCUGUUUAAGCACCAGAGAUCUGCAUUUUGUUUCUUCUGAAGGGUGAAAUUAACAGCACUUGAUCAUAAUUAUAUAAAUCAAUGAAAACUCUGAAUGCACACCUGUACUUUGGUUUCGGUUCAGCAUCUUAGGGCUUGGCAAAUGCUGCUUAUAAGCAAAGCUCACUUGUGCUUCAGCAGAUGCUGCCUUGCUGAGGCUGGGAGACAUGAAAAGUUAUUCAUUUGCAUACCUUAAAACUCUGGAGUACCUCAUUAUAGAUUUAUCCUUCUGUCUCUAGCCACAGUCAGGGUUUUGAUAUUUCAGUACAUUUUGUAACAUUUUGUAAAACCUAAUAGUAUUUUCCUUUCAGAAAUGGCUAUGUGCAACUGUUCAAGUACUGUAUUUUACUUCUAUAUUCUAAUUCUUGCGUCUAAACCAUAGGCAUUUGUUUCCUGUGCAUCUAUACCUAAUGACAACAUAGACUUUGAUGUUCUUCUUGCUGUUUUCAAGUCAUAGGACCAUAGGAUCAUUUAGGCUGGAAAAGGCCUUCAAGAUCGAGUCCAACAUUAACCUCACCUACCAUGUCCCUCAGUGCCACAUCUACACAUCUCUGAAAUACUUCCAGGAUGGGGACUGCACCACUUCCCUGGGCAGCCCAGUACAAUGCCUGACCACUCUUUUUGUGCAGAAAUUUUUCCUAAUGUUCAAUGUAAACCUCUCCUGGUGCAACUUGAGGCCAUUGUGUCGCAUCCUAGCACUUGUCACCUUAAACUGUUCAACUUGAGGUGGAUACUUAGGAAUUAAAUUAUUCCUAAUGGUUAACACAGUUCAGAAAAAGCUAACAGGAAGGCAUAUAUCAGCCCUUCUGUUAGAAGGUGGAAGGUUUCUACGAGCAGGUGGAUCAGUGCUGAUGUUUUCAUUUUUAGUGAUGAGAUACAUAACAAAUCUGUUGAUUCUUGUGAUCUUGUACUCAAUAUGAUAUUGCUGUAUACUUGUCUUGCAGCUUUAUUGUAACUUAGUUAAAACCAAGCCGUUUUUAAAAUGAUGUUUUUCUUCAGGGUCAAUUUUGUACUUUUUUUUAAAUUAUUUCUGCAUUUACUGAGUCAUUAUCUCAAUGCUGCAGAGGAUGCAGCAGGCAGAACAGGACACAUACCCACACUGCUCUCGCCACCCAACCUGUGCCAGGGAAGUGGAACUGCUCAAGGACUGGACUGAAGCACAUCAGUGGUCUUUGGAAGCUUGCAGUUCCCAUUAGCUACCCAGUGUAGUGCUACCCAGGCACAGAAUGGAAUGGCAAUGUCAAGGCUGGUUGUGGAGAGGCUCAACUGCCAUGUAUGCUGUUAGUUCUGAAUAAUUUGUAGGAAUGUUAUAAAUUUUGUAAACUUUUUAUUGUGCUAUAACUUGGUUAUGAGGUAAUAUUUACAAAUAAGGGAUAACUUGUGUACUUGUUUUUGUAUUUUGGUCUGAUUUUUUUGGUUGUAGUGCCCUAUGUCCAGCUCACUGGGCAAAGAGCUCUUAAACAUUUGAAUUAAAGCAAAUAAAUGCAUUUUAAUGGUACUGUAAUUUUGUUGUCAUUCUAAUCAUGUCAGGCACUGCAUCUGUCGUGUUUGCUGUUUUUUCAAGUAGGUAAAAAACUGACAUUCCUCUUCUAUUUGCAGUAUUAACAGCUAGAUUCACAGAGACUUGAUAAUAGAUGGCCAUGAGAUCAAUAAGAAUACAGCUUCUCCUAUCUUAAGCUGUCUGUACUGCUAGAUCUAGUUUGCCUUGCAUGAUGCAGUUUCUGCUGAUUAUCACUGUUUCUAGCACUUUUAAAGCAUUUGAGUAUGACCUAUGCCUGUAAUUUAGCAUGCAAUACAAGCCAGAGUUUACUUCACUGUAAGACACAAAUCCUCUAGUCACUUCAAAUAUCCUGUUCAUCUCCUUCAUGUAAAAAAGCUCUGGAAACGCUAUUAUGAUGUCUUUGUUUACUCUGCUUUCAGGUUUCUUGCCACAGUUUUGGUAGAGCGUGGGUUUUUUUUAGUUCUGUACUCUGUCACCUCAGUAGAGGAAGGCAGAAAAAGUACAGAAGUUUUCAGCUCAAAACUAUAUAAUUUACAAGGGCUCUCUGGUCAAUCUCACACAUGUAGAUGAUGGCAAACAACUGCCAUCAUUACUGCAUUUCUGAAAAGCUUCUGGCUGUAAUUAAAAGGACGUGUAAGUACACUGCAAUAAUGCUGAAUGGAAUAAUAAGCAACCUCCCCUCUUUGAAAUAGACCUAAUGUUUGGUACUGUUCUGUUAGUUUGAUUUUUAUUCUGCGUAACCCCAUACCUGGCUGAUGUAAAAAGAGCAGGAGGCUUUGGGAAGAAAUCUGUAACUAGUGUUGCAUCCUGAUGGUCUGUAAGGUCUGGGGAGACUUCUACCCAUUUCAGACAAAUGAUACCAAGUCUGUAAAAUAGUGAAAGAACAUCAAUGGAAGCUAUUUAACUAAAGCAGAUUUUCCCUUCAGAGUUACCAACAUCUAAAAGCUACUAUUCUUGUUUUCAAAGUAUUUUCAGCUAGAGACAGGAAGCCUAUUGAAAAUGAAUUAGUCAAAGGCAAACAAAAACAUUUCCAUAUUCAGAGCUGAAUCCCAGGGCAACACUGGAAAUUCCUUGCUUUGCUGCAGGAGUUAUUCUACAGGGGAAAGAAAGUCCCUUUAACCAACACUUACCCUGUAGAACAUACCUUUCUAUCACUGCACUAAAUACUGGCAUCAGGAAAGGGACUUCUUCCUUAAUCUUCCAUCUUCACAGGAGCCCUACAUCAGUCAGUGCAAACCCUGCACGACAUUUUUUCCAUGAAAGGCGGUCAAUGUGUCAGCCUGCACAUCAGCUAGCUCUGCCAGACCAGAGAAAUCCCUCACAGCAAAGCAAGCUUCAGUAUUCUAUGAAGUCACACCUAGAAAGUAAUGUGAAAAAGUAGUGAAAUUAUUCCAGGUGCUAUCAAUGCAUUUUGCUACAUUGAUCUCAUCUCCUUUCCUGUACAGCACAGGCACUGUACUGGUUACAACAUCGUGUCUGUGAACAGCUGAGAUUGAUUUCACCUUUCAGAGAAUAAGGAACUCAAUCCAGUACAUAAAUCUGUAUUUACUGGACAACAUUUAGAGUCUAAUUAUAAAAAGCACAAAACGAGACCUGACCAGCUGCUGUAACUCCCUCAGCAUCUCCCUCAGAACCAGGCUGUGAGCUGCCUCCCACAGCAUGCACAGCCAAUGACAGACCUCAGCCCAGGAAAACAUUCCCACUGCAGCAUCAGCUUUUAAAAUCAACACUGAUUGUGAAUGCUUAAAUUAAAAAAAGCGAUCAACUGACAAAGCCACACAAUUAAACAGAGAAACAUAAAAAGAAAUGGUGAUUCUUUUUCCUUGUUUUAUUGGGUAAAUGAUUUAAAAGGUAAUAACAAUAGUGUUAAAACUACUACAAUAUCUUUCCACAGCCAUAUCUCACAGACCCACAGAUAACCUUCUAUAUAAUUUUUUUUUCUUUUUCCUCAUUUUAUCUUUUUUAAGCCAUACUUAUAUUAAAAUGCCCAUUUCAACAGUUUCUUCACACUAAUAGCAAUUAAAUGUGGAAGGAAGGAGGAUCUAGUUAUAAAGGAAGGGGGUUCAGGUAAUCUGUGAUAUAAUUUGUAAUCAAUCAAGUUACUAAGAAAGGAAGAAAAAGAGAGGCCUUGUCAGCUACUCCAGGCAGCUCCAAGCCCACUGUGUGUCACCAUUGCAUUAGAUAACUCAAGAUGCUGGUGAGCAAUUUAAAGGUUUUUUUUUUGUUUUUUUUUUUUGUAACAUAUAAAACACUAAAAUAACUUAGAAACUAGAUCCAAAUAUUUUGAAAAGAAUCAACUUUGAUAUACAAAAACAGUCAUAAGUUGUUACAAAAGUUUCAAACAAAAGUUUGUUUUCUCAGUGCGUUUAUGUACCAGCGCAAUUACUGGGUCCAGAGCAAAGAAAGAGGUUUUUAUUUUUUAUUUAACAGUAAUAAAAAACGAGGAAAACAUAUCUUUCUAUAUAAAGAAUCAUUGCUGGUCUUAAGAAUAAAUGUAACCAGAAACCCUUUAAAUCUUAGAGGCACACUUUGGGUUUCCUUUUUUUUUUUCCCUUUUUUUUUUUUUU